CAAAAAAAAUGGCCAAGUUUGUUCUAGCAGGAAAGGCAGAUUGUCCAUACUAUGCUAAGGCCGAGCUACUUGCUGACUUACUGCAAAGAGUCCUGCCAGAUUUCCGCAUAUACAAAAUUUGUAUGCACCCCAGUGACUGGAAGAAAUGGCUUGAAGACACAUGUUCAUCAAAUGGCUGGAAACAUGAGACCUGUCCUAUAAUAUGGAGGGAACUGAUCAAUCGUGGGGGCAAGGGCAUGCUUCUCGGGGGAUUCAGUGAUUUUCUCGAGUAUGUCCAGGGAUAUUAUGGUGUCACUUCUGAUAUGGGAACGGACCUGAUGGUGAAAAUUGCAUCAGAGAACCUGCGGACAACCGAGCUGUGUGCACAGGAGGAAGAGCACAGGCGUGACCUCCUCAAACCCUUUCACAUUUGGGUCAGCAGUGCUCUGAAUCCCACUUGCUUCACCCUGAUUCCCCUGUUGUUCACCGCUGGGCCGUUCAGGGCCGUUCCCACCAUUAGCCUGCACCUGUUAGACAUGGACGCCACCGAAGAGUCUCUGCUGGCCCUCAAAAUGGAAGUUGAGGAUCUGGCCCUGGCCCAGCUGCAUGAGAUCACCAUCCACUGUGACAUGAGCCAGGCGUUCCUCUCCGCCGGCCUCAUCAUCUUCCUGGACGAUGGGCCGCCCAUGUACAAUGGGAGGGAAGGACGGAGCAGUGAGGCUAUUGUGCUGACCAAGGUGGCGGAGCGCUACCGCCUGUACGGGCAGCUCAUGGAAGGCAACGCGCACCCUGACGUCCGAGUGCUGGUGGCAGGGACUGUAUAUGUCAAUCUAAAGUGCUCACUGCUGAUCGAGAGCGUGACUUCCAUCUGUCCCAAACGCUUUGUUGCCAUAGCAACACAACUGGAGGGCCAGGCGAGGGCUCAGCUCGCAGAGAAGCUGGCAGUGAAGAGCCCUGAUAUUUCUGAUGUCAUUGUUUGGGGCAACAUCAGUGGCACUUUCCACAUCGACCUCCAGAGAGCUAAGGUUUUCAGAUAUAAGGGGGCAAUCUGUGGACCUGCAGGCUUCUCUCACCCAGUCCUGGAGAUGGUUUAUGAUCAAAAGUGGUUGAAGGACGACUUCCCCACUUUGGUCUCUUCACGUCACAGUGCCAUAUCCCUCAGAACUAACAGGCCGGCAGCCAUAUCAGCGAGCAAUGGAAUCAUCUCAGUAGUGUGUGCAUGGUAUGAUGGUUCUUUACAUCAUGAGAUCUUCUCACUAGGUGUACCAAGUACAGGUCACUUCGGGAUUCCUGUGGGCCUGGUCUUCUCUGUGCCUGUCAGCUUCUGCCAUGGCUCCUGGUCUGUGCACUCUGAUAUCACCAUCGACGAUGAACUGAAGUGUAAACUGGACAUUGCUAUUAAUGAGCUCAUGGUGGAGAAAGACAUUGCAGAUGGAGUUAGGAAGAAGGAUCCAACUACCUGAAAGUGAUGUCAUAAAACCGGCCUCUCUGAAUUAACCAGACAAAAUGUCUUUAAAACAUUUUUAAAAAUAACCAGCCUUAUUAAAAUAAAAGUAAUACAUCCCCAGAAGCCCCUGCAUGAUGCCUAUGCCUAGUAAUGAGCAGAACAUUUUAUUUUCAGACAAACAGGGUCAGCUAGAUGAAGUCACUAAUUAAAGCUGCAGUUUGUAAGAUUGAGAAGAGAGUGGACUUUUCAAGCUGUCAGUUCAGGCUGUGAGCUCUGGUUGGUGAGGGAUGACACUACAGGAGGCGCACAAAAGCAACCAAUGUGGUAAUAGGUAAUAGCGCUCCCUUGUGGAUCGCAGACUAAUACACAAACAUGAACAAAUG